UAUAUAUAUAGCUCUGAGUAUAGCAUUCAUUGUGCACUUCAUUGCAGUUGUCAUUCAAACUCUGAUAUCUUGUUUGAGACAAACAUUGAAAUCCAUUUAAAACACUAUUUAUUUGUAAAUUUUAAAUCCAUUUGAUUUGAUUGUCAGUCACUUUAAAUACAUUGUGUUUGACAUUCAUACCAAUCAUUUCAUAUUUAUUACUAAUUUAUCGUAUUCUUUGAAAACAAACCAAAAUCUCAAGCAAUAUGUGUGACGACGACGUGGCGGCACUUGUUAUCGACAACGGCUCCGGUAUGUGUAAGGCUGGCUUCGCUGGCGAUGACGCGCCCAGAGCUGUCUUCCCAUCAAUUGUCGGCCGACCCCGACAUCAGGGAGUUAUGGUUGGAAUGGGUCAGAAGGACUCGUACGUCGGCGAUGAGGCCCAGUCUAAGAGAGGUAUAUUGACAUUAAAGUAUCCGAUUGAACACGGAAUUGUUACCAAUUGGGAUGACAUGGAAAAGAUAUGGCACCACACCUUCUACAAUGAACUCCGAGUGGCACCCGAAGAGCACCCGGUUCUCUUGACUGAGGCUCCACUCAACCCCAAAGCCAAUCGCGAAAAAAUGACUCAGAUUAUGUUCGAGACGUUUAACACGCCAGCCAUGUAUGUGGCCAUUCAGGCCGUCCUAUCGUUGUACGCAUCUGGACGUACCACCGGUAUUGUGUUGGACAGCGGUGACGGUGUCUCGCAUACCGUACCCAUCUAUGAGGGUUACGCACUGCCACACGCUAUCUUACGUCUCGAUUUGGCCGGACGUGACUUAACUGAUUAUUUGAUGAAAAUUUUGACCGAAAGAGGUUAUUCAUUCACCACAACAGCCGAGAGAGAAAUUGUUCGCGACAUCAAAGAGAAGUUGUGUUACGUCGCCCUUGACUUUGAACAAGAGAUGGCUACCGCUGCCUCUUCAUCGUCAUUGGAGAAGUCAUAUGAGUUACCCGACGGACAGGUGAUUACCAUCGGUAACGAACGAUUCCGUUGUCCCGAAGCCCUAUUCCAGCCCUCAUUCUUGGGUAUGGAGUCGUGCGGUAUUCACGAGACCACAUAUAACUCGAUCAUGAAGUGUGACGUCGAUAUCCGAAAGGACUUAUACGCCAAUACCGUACUCUCUGGCGGUACCACUAUGUAUCCGGGAAUUGCUGACAGAAUGCAAAAAGAAAUAACAGCAUUAGCGCCGUCGACAAUGAAGAUUAAGAUUAUAGCACCGCCUGAGCGCAAGUACUCAGUUUGGAUCGGAGGUUCAAUCCUGGCCUCACUGUCCACUUUCCAACAAAUGUGGAUCUCUAAGCAAGAAUACGACGAAUCGGGCCCUUCGAUAGUCCACCGAAAAUGCUUUUAAUUGUGCGGCCAAUGGUCUCAACUCAAUGUCUACUUUCUUCUCUUUAUCUCUACUUUUCUCAAAUGUUUUUAAUAAUUCCGAUUCACAUUCGAUAUGAAAAAACAAUACAAAAACAACACUUAAUUAUUACUUUUACAAAACGAUUCCGUGUUUUUGAUUCCAUAUUUAGUAUUUUAUUAUAUAUGUAUUACUAUUUCUAUGAAAAUAAUUCCCAUUUUAUAUACAUACCAUUGUAUCAUAA